CCAUAUGUGUGUGUGUGUGUUUGUUGAAGUCUUUGUUAAAAGCGGCUCAGCUUGGUGUUUAGUUUUUAUAAAAUAAAAGUGCCAAUGUGUAAAUAAAACUUCUGUUUAAAUAGUAACUGGAUAAUAUGUGAAAUAAUAACCGUUAGAGUCUAACAUGAAGAUUAAACAAUAUGUUGCACAUGUUAGAGGAAGUAAAUUUAUGUUGUGGAAAUGGAUAUUACUAACGUGUUAUCUUUGUUUAACAAAGCAUGUACAUUCCAAAAAUAAUGAUGAAAACAAUAAACAUGCAGUACACAGUAAACAAUUGGAAAACCAUUUUCGAUUCAGCCAUCAUGUAUAUAAUGUUACAAUCCCGGAGAAUAGUCUUGGAAAGACAUACGCAAAGGGGAUAUUGCAUGAGAAGUUGGCUGGAUUACAAAUCGGGCCAAAUUGCGAUGUAAAAUAUAGGAUAAUAAGUGGAGAUAAGGAUAAAGUAUUUAAAGCUGAAGAAAAACUGGUUGGAAACUAUGCCUUUUUAGCCAUACGAACGCGAACAAGCAAUGUAGUGCUAAAUAGAGAGAAAACUGAAGAAUAUACAUUAAGGAUAAGGGCACUUGUAAAUUAUUUGGAUGAUAAGAAUACUACCAGCUUCGAAGCAGAUGCAACGGUUCAUAUUCAAGUAUUAGAUCGUAAUGACUUAAGUCCACUCUUCUAUCCAACCGAAUAUGCUGUAACUGUCCCAGAAGACACGCCCAAACAUAAAAGCAUACUGAAAGUCACUGCAGAUGACGCAGAUCUGGGCAUAAAUGGUGAAAUCUACUAUAGUUUUUUAAUGGAUAGCGAAUACUUUGCUAUUCAUCCAACUACAGGAGAUAUAACCCUAUUGCAACCGCUUGAAUAUGCCGAGCAUUCAAGUUUUGAUCUUACAGUUUUGGCAAAUGAUCGUGGAUCUUCGAUUAAUCAACAAAAUCAUCAAGCUAGUAAAUCAAAGGUGCAAAUACUGGUGAAACAGGUUAACUUUUAUGCACCUGAAAUUUAUGCCACAACCUUUUCAAGUGUCACACCCACAUCAGAUUCCUUGAUUUAUGGAAUUGUUAAGGUGAACGACAAAGACGUUGGAAAGAGUGGAAUGAUUAAAAGUUUGGAAAUACUUGAUGGCAAUCCCGAUGGAACGUUCCUUUUACGACCAUCUGAAACUAAAAAUGAGUAUUAUAUUGAGCUUAAUAAAUUCGCACAGCUGAGCCAACAGCAUUUCAUAUACAAUUUAACUCUGCGAGCCGAAGAUCUGGGCACACCGUCCAGAUUUACCUACAAAACGGUUUCGAUACAAAUGAAACCAGAAAUCAAACAUGUUCCGAUAUUUACGCAAGAAAUUUAUGAGGUUUCCAUACCGGAAACAGCACCCAUUAAUAUGCCAGUUAUUAGGUUAAAAGUCAGUGAUCCUGAUCUGGGGAAAUAUGCUUUAGUAUAUUUGGAAAUUGUCGGUGGCAAUGAGGGCGGCGAGUUUCGCAUAAAUCCCGAUUCGGGUAUGCUAUAUACGAAAAAGCAAUUGGAUGCAGAAAGGAAAUCACAAUUCACAUUGACAGUAUCGGCCAUUGAUCAGGCAAAUGUUGGAUCGAGGAAACAGUCGUCGGCUAAGGUCAAAAUUAACAUACAAGAUAUGAAUGAUAAUGAUCCGAUAUUUGAGAAUAUGAACAGAAAUAUAAGUAUUAACGAGAAUAAUUUAUCUGGCUCAUUUGUUGCUAAAGUGUCAGCCAAGGAUAAGGAUUCCGGCGAAAACGCAUACAUAUCUUAUAGUAUUGCAAACCUGAACACAGUUCCAUUUGAAAUUGACCAUUUUACAGGUAUAAUUAGGACGACAUCGUUAAUUGAUUUUGAAACAAUGAGAAGGAAUUAUGCAUUAAUAAUACGUGCAUCCGAUUGGGGUUUGCCCUAUAGAAGACAGACUGAAAUAGAAUUGUCUAUUGUCGUUAAGGAUAUUAACGACAAUAGGCCCCAAUUUGAGAGAAUCAAUUGUUAUGGGAAGAUAUUGAAAUCAGCGCCAAUCGGAUCUGAUAUAUUCACGGUAUCGGCAAUUGAUUUUGAUAAUGGUGACAUCAUAGCAUAUCGAUCAAUCUCUGGCAAUGAAGAUGGUUGCUUUAACUUGGACCCAACCACUGGAACAAUAUCCAUUGGCUGCGAUUUAAUGGAUGUUGCGAUUGAUAAUCGUGUCAUCAAAAUAUCUUCCACAGAUGGGACCCAUUUUUCCGAUGAACUUACUAUUAAUAUUAAUUUAAUCGACAGUUUGCAUAAAGAUUCGAAUAUUUUGCAAGGAUUUGGUUCAUUCGAAUGCCGCGAAACGGGAGUUGCCCGAAGGCUUGCCGAAUCGUUGGCAUUAGCAGAGAAAAAUAAUAUGAAAAGCGUCUCAUUAUCGGUUCUAAGUGACCUGACACUAACACCCAGUCGCUAUGGUCAAAAUAUCCAUAGACCGGAGUUUAUCAAUUUCCCACAGGAGUUAUUUCUAAACGAAAGCACCCCAUUGGGAGAGACUGUGGCAUGGAUUGAGGCCAGAGAUCGAGAUUUGGGCUACAAUGGAAAAUUAGUGUUUGUGAUAUCCGAUGGAGACUAUGACUCUGUGUUUCGUGUUGAUCCUGAUCUUGGUGAGCUGAAAAUUAUUGGAUACUUGGAUAGAGAACGACAAAACGAAUACGUAUUAAACAUAACCGUUUAUGAUCUUGGAUAUCCCAUGAAAUCUCAAUCUAAAAUGCUGCCAAUAACAAUCAUUGAUGUAAAUGAUAAUGCACCUGUCCUACAGAAAUCAUUAGCCACAUUUCGACUGACUGAAAGUGCACGUAUCGGUACGGUUAUCUAUUGUUUAUAUGCGACAGACGCAGACUCGGGAGUCAAUGGAUAUAUAACAUACGAAUUAUCCGUCGAUUGUGAUGAUUUUGUUGUCAAUAAGACAACCGGCUGCAUUGUAUUGAGUAAACCAUUGGAUCGAGAGAAACAAGAUCGAUAUGCUUUGCACAUUACCGCCAAGGAUGGCGGUACGCCUACUCUAUCGUCGGAAGCCCUUGUAUACAUCUUGGUUGACGACGUCAAUGACAAUGCUCCAGUGUUUGGUGUGCAAGAGUAUAUAUUCAAAGUUCGUGAGGACUUGCCCCGUGGCACAGUGAUAGCCGUAAUUGAGGCAAUUGACCAAGAUAUUGGACCAAAUGCAAAUAUUCUCUUCUCCCUCAAGGAAGAUCCGCAAGAUGAGGGCCUCUUUCAAGUUGAUAAAUACUCGGGUGCAAUACGGACGCAAGGAUACUUGAAUUAUGAAAACCGCCAAGUGCAUAACCUUGUCGUGAGUGCCAUCGAUGGCGGAAGUCCGUCAUUAACAUCCGAUAUGCCAAUUGUAAUUGAGAUAAUUGAUGUUAAUGAAAAUCGAUUUGCUCCUGAAUUUGAUGACUUUGUGUUUCAAGGGAUAAUCAAAGAAAAUCGACCAAAGGGCACAUUCGUGUUGAAUGUAACUGCCCGUGAUAUGGACGAGAUUGAUAUGAAUGCCAAAAUCACGUACUCCAUCACUGGUGGCGAUGGUCUGGGUAUUUUUUCGGUCAACGAUAAAGGCUCAAUACAUUCCCUGUCCCAACUGGAUGCAGAAACCAAAAGCUUCUAUUGGUUAACGUUAUGCGCCCAGGAUAACGCUAUAGUUCCGCUUAGUAACUGUGUAGAGGUAUACAUAGAAGUUCAAAACGAAAACGACAAUAUCCCCCUAACAAGUAAACCAGUCUACUAUGUCAACGUAACAGAAGGAAGCCCCGAGAAUAUUGAAAUAAUUAAACUCACUGCAAUCGAUCCCGAUAGAGAUGACACACAAUCCAUUACCUAUAACAUCAUAUCCGGAAAUCUGGUUGGAUAUUUCGAGAUUAAUUCAGUAACAGGGGUUCUUAAAACGACAGCACGAAAACUCGACAGAGAAAAUCAAGCUGAACACAUUUUAGAAGUUGCUAUCUCCGACAAUGGCUCGCCAGUUUUAGCUUCUACAACUCGAAUUGUAGUUAAUGUUUUGGAUAUUAACGAUAAUAGCCCGGAGUUUGAUCAACGAGCUUAUAAAAUACAGGUUCCUUCUACAGCCACUGCCAAUGAAUCCAUAUUUCAGGUGCAUGCGAUUGAUAUUGAUGAUGGAGAGAAUGGACGUAUCACAUAUUCAAUAAAAUCCGGUAAAGGGAAAAACAAAUUUCGUAUUGACAAUGCAAGUGGGCAUAUUUUCAUUACCAAAUCUUUGGAGCCUGAUUUCGAAUUUGAAAUCAAUAUACGAGCCGAAGAUAAUGGUACACCGAAAAGAAGUCAAACCACACGAGUUAACAUUGUCGUGAUUCCCAUUAAAUCCAAUUCACCAAAUCCGCCUGUAUUAGUUAGAAAACAAACUGAUAAUGUGGUCGACUUAACGGAAAACGAUAAGCCGGGUUUUUUAGUGAUGCAAAUUCUAGCAAUUGAUGAUGAUAACGACCAGCUGUGGUAUAAUAUAUCAGGUGGAAACGAGGAAAACACUUUUUAUAUUGGCCGAGACAAUGGAAAUAUACUUCUGUCGAAGCCUUUAGAUUAUGAGAAGCAAACAAGUUAUAAUCUAACAAUCAGUGUGACUGACGGCUCAAAUAUAAUUUACACCAAUCUGUUUAUCCAAGUAAUUGAUACCAACGACAAUACACCACAAUUUACGAAAGAUAUAUACCAUGUGAAUAUAUCGGAAAAUAUUGAAGAAGAGUCAAUUAUAAUGCAACUUCAUGCAACUGAUAAAGAUGAGGAUAAGAAGUUAUUUUAUCAUCUCCAUGCCACACAAGAUCCAUCUUCUUUAGCAUUGUUUCGCAUCGAUUCGAUCAGUGGAAAUGUUAUUGUCACCCAGAGGCUAGAUUUUGAGAAAACGGCCCAGCAUAUACUUGUGGUUUUUGUAAAAGAUCAGGGUACACCGGGCAAAAGGAACUAUGCCAAGAUAAUCGUUAAUGUUCAUGAUCAUAAUGAUCAUUAUCCGGAAUUUACUGCAAAAAUCAUACAAAGUAAAGUGCCCGAAAGUGCUGCAAUUGGCUCUAAGCUCACUGAAGUUCUGGCAAUUGACAGAGACAGUGGUCAAAACGCUGAACUGCGUUACUUUAUAAUUACUGGUAAUGUGGGCAGUGUGUUUGCCAUCGACUCAACCUUUGGCAUUAUAACAUUAGCUGGCAAGCUUAAUAUUAACAAUGUGCAAGAAUAUAUGCUACAAAUAAAAGCAGCAGAUCAGGGCAAUCCAUCGUUAUCAUCUCAAAUUCCAGUGCAUAUCAUUGUAACCAUGUCUGAAAACGAUCCACCAAAAUUCUUUCCCAAUGCUAUUGUACUGGAAAUUUUUGAGAAUUUAAGUGUUGGAACAUUUGUGACACAAGUAACAGCACGUUCAUCAUCAUCGGUCUUUUUCAAUAUUAUUGAUGGCAAUAUCAACGAUACUUUUCGAAUUAAUCCAUCGACUGGAGUCAUUGUUAUCAAUUCAAAUAUUGAUUAUGAGACCAACAAGUUCUUUAACUUGACUGUUCAAGGAACUAAUAUGGCUUCGGGCUCGUCAUCUCAAAAUAUAAUAGUCCAUGUCUUGGAUGUUAAUGACAAUAUUCCACGUUUCCUUCAAAGCGAAUAUGUCGGCACAGUGUCAGAGUCCGCUACGGUGGGAUCACGUGUCCAACGAAUGCAUGAUUCAAAAAAUAGUCAUCUUACACUAAAUGUAUCUGAUGCCGACGUUGGAUUAAAUGGAAUGGUGCAAUAUAUCAUAAAUGAUGACUUGGCCAAGUCCUUAUUCAAAAUAGAUCCAACAACGGGGACUAUUGAAACUUUACAGCGAUUGGAUUAUGAGAAGGAUUCAAGAUAUUCGUUUUAUGUUACGGUAAGCGACAUGGGCAAACCGAAACUGCAUUCGAUCACAAAAGCACAUGUUAUAAUACAUGUCAGCAAUAUCAACGAUUGCCCUCCCAUAUUCGAUGAAAGAGAUCUCAAUGUAACUUUAUUCUUGCCAACCUUUGAGAACGUAUUUGUUGCCCAUAUUAAUGCAUUUGAUGCGGAUAAUGAUAGUAUACGUUACGAUAUUGUAGAUGGAAAUGCUAAUGAUGGUUUUCAGAUAAACCAGUUUACAGGAAUUCUAACAACUAGAAACUUCAAUUCAAUAAAUGGUGAUUUGACGUUGCACAUUCGUGCCUCUGAUGGAAUCUUCUCGGCAAUCCUACUUGUUAAAAUAAACAUUGCGUCUACGGCAGAUACGAAUUUCAUUUUCCAAAACGAAAUUUAUAAGUUUUCAGCUGUUGAAAAUAGCACAAAAGUGUCCCAUUUGGGAAUAGUUAAUGUCAUAGGAAACACUUUGAAUGAGAACGUUGAAUAUCGCAUCCUUAAUCCAACUGAUAUGUUUGACAUUGGCAUAAGUUCGGGAGCCUUAAAAACAACAGGACUUAUCUUUGAUCGGGAAGUGCAAGAUAUGCAUAAACUGUUUGUGGAGGCAAAGUCUCUAUUUUACGAUGGAAUUGAGUUCAAUAAUCGAAGAGCAGUCACAGCGAUACAUGUUUCCAUAUUGGAUGUAAACGAUAAUUGCCCAAUAUUUGUCAACUUGCCAUAUUAUGCCACCGUUUCGAUUGAUGAUCAAAAGGGCACAGUUAUCAUGCAUGUUAAGGCCAUCGAUUUGGAUACUGGGGAAAAUGGAGAAGUGCGAUAUGAGCUAAAAAAGGGAAAUGGAGAGCUGUUCAAAUUGGACAGAAAGAGUGGAGAGCUUUCGAUUAAACAGCAUGUCGAAGGGCAUAACCAGAAUUAUCAACUUACAGUUGCCGCCUACGAUGGAGCAAUCAAUCCAUGUUCUUCAGAGGUCUCGCUCAAUGUAAAAGUGAUAGAUCGAUCGAUGCCCAUAUUUGAAAAACAAUUCUACGAUGUCAGUGUCAAAGAAGAUGUGGAAAUUUAUUCAGUGUUGUCUAUAUCCAUUGAAGCUCAGAGUCCGUUAAAUAGAAAACUUAUCUACACCAUUUCGUCUGAGGAUAAGGAUCAACAUUUUGAAAUUGACUACAAUACAGGAUCAAUUUAUGUGGUUAGCGAGCUAAAUUAUGAAGAGCAAACAAAUCAUGAUAUAACAAUUCGAGCAACGGACAGCUUUUCUGGAAUUUAUGUAGAAGUGUUCCUCUCUGUCACUGUCAUUGAUGUAAAUGAUUGUUAUCCGGAAAUCGAAAGCGAUAUUUACAAUAUUACGCUGCCAGAGAAUACUCCAUUUGCAUCUCAGAUAUUGAAAAUAAAUGCCACAGAUGCGGAUACUGGUGCAAAUGCGAAGCUUUCCUAUUUUAUUGAAUCCAUCAACAGUGAAAAUGAUUCGGAAAUCUUUUACAUUGAUAUUAAUGAGGGCCAUCUUUAUCUGAAAAAACCAUUGGAUUAUGAACUGAAGAAAUUUCAUCACAUUGUCGUACAUGUAAAAGAUCACGGCUCUCCACCAUUAAGUUCCAGAUGCAACAUUUUCAUAACAGUGAAAGAUCUCAAUGACAAUGCUCCCCGCUUUAUUGAACCGUCAUUUUUCACUAAGCUAUCUGUGGCAGCGAAACGAGGACAAUUCGUGGCACUACCCAAAGCGUAUGACAAUGAUAUAUGUGAUGCAAAUAAUUUGGAAUACAAGAUUAUUUAUGGCAACGAUCUGCAAACGUAUAACAUCAAUAAAUACAGCGGAGUAAUAACCCUUCAAAAUAUGUUAAAUUUCACCGACAAAACGAAUACUGUUUUGAAUAUUUCCGUGUCGGAUGGCGUACAUACUACAUAUGCUCGAUUGAAGAUUGUCUUACUGCCUGAGAAUAGAAAGAGUCCACAGUUUGAAAACUUUGCCUAUGAGGCACAAAUUUCGGAAAAUCUGCUGCAUGGCCAUAAUAUUAUUACGGUGAAGGCAACAGAUAGUGACAUUGGACAGUACUCUAGUCUCUAUUAUGAAAUUGACUCGGAAGAAAUGAAAAAGUUCUUUGAUAUCAAUCGCAGUACGGGUUUAAUAACAUCGAAAGUAACCUUUGAUCGCGAACAGAGGGCAGAGUUUAAUAUACUAUUAAAAGUAACUGAUGGAGGCAGUAAAUUUGGAUUCUCAACCCUAAAAGUCCUGAUAAAUGACAUUAAUGAUAAUAGUCCGUUUUUCUUUUUAAAAGAAUACAAAAUUGUUAUUAGCGCCGAUGCCCAGCCCGAUGAUUCAGUUCUGUUGAUAAAAGCCAUGGAUAACGAUAUCAAAAACAAUGGUGAAAUUAAAUAUGAGAUCGUUCACGGUUCAAAAGAUGUUGCGCUUAAAGAUGUUUUUGAAAUAGAAGAGAAUACCGGUGAAAUCAAACUGAAAAAGAAUUUGAAAAAAUAUGAAAAUCAAAUGUUUCAAUUUUUUGUACGCGCUUCCGAUUGUGGUGAGCCCAGUUUUCAUAGCGAUAUACCAGUGUCGAUUGAAAUGAUAAGUCCCGAUGUAGUUAUACCAACAUUUGAGAAAACAUCGAUUAUAUUGAAGAUUAUUGAGUCCACAUCGCCGGGAACAGUUCUCACAAAACUGCAUAUAUUUGGAAACUAUUCGUUUAAAUUCUCUAUAUCGGAAGACCAAGAUAAAUUCUAUGUAUCUGACACUGGUGAAUUGAUUCUGGAGCAGACCUUGGAUCGUGAGCAAAAGGAGACGCAUUAUUUAAUUGUCGUGGCGGAGACAACAACUGUGCCGAUUCUAUAUGCCUAUGCCGACGUGGUUAUCCAUGUGCGAGAUGAAAAUGAUAACUAUCCGCAAUUCGACAGUUCAUUUUAUAGUGCCAGCGUGGCAGAGAAUACCGACAAAGUGGUCUCGAUUGUUAAGAUAACCGCCACAGAUGCCGAUAGUGGUCCCAAUGGCGAUGUUCGAUACUAUUUCGAAAAUGAUUCAGAAAGUGUUAGCAACAUAUUCGACAUCGAUAUUUACACUGGUUGGAUUACCCUGCUAGCUUCCCUGGAUAGAGAGCUGAGAUCUGAGUAUGAUUUGAAAGUAAUUGCCACAGACAACGGACAUCCCAAGCAUGAUGCAAAAGUCCCAGUAUCAAUUAAAGUGGUCGAUUGCAAUGACAAUGCCCAACAAUUCAAGUUGCCCAUUAAUAAAAUUACUGUGUCGGAAAAUGCAUUGCCUGGAACUGUCUUGGAUAACUUUUUACUAAUAGAUCCUGACAUUGAGAAACAGGAGAUGAACUAUUAUAUAAUAGCUGGCGAUAAUCAGUCACAAUUUCAAAUUGGUAAAACCGGCGAGUUGUUCAUCACAAAGCAAUUGGAUCGAGAGAAUAUAUCAUUCUACAACUUGAGCCUUUUGGCCACCGAUGGUAAAUUCAUUGCCGAAGCAAAUGUGGAGAUUCAAGUGAAAGAUAUAAACGACAAUUUGCCAUAUUGCCUGAAACCUCGAUAUCACAUUAAUGUAAAUGAAUCCAUUCCUGCGGGCACAGUUUUGACGGAUGUUAAAGCUAUUGAUUUUGACUCAAGUGACGAUUUCAAGUUGCGUUAUUUCAUAUCUGGCAAGGGCUCCGAUGACUUCACUAUUGAUAAAGAUAAGGGUAGCCUAAAAGUGAUUAAAGUUCUGGAUCGAGAGAUAUGCCCAAAGUAUAAGCUUGUUGCCCAUGUACAGGAUGGCAAAGAAUUGGCACAUGAAUGCGUUUCCGAAAUAAUAAUCACCGUAAACGAUGUGAAUGACAAUGCACCGAUAUUCUCAAUGAAUCAAUAUAUAGUGAGUAUACCAGAGGAUGCCCAAUUGCAGACAUUAAUCACAAAGGUGCAUGCAACUGACAAGGAUUUCGGGGUUAACAGAAAAGUCAGAUACUCAUUGAUGGGACAAAAUUAUGAUCAUUUUGAAAUUUCCAAAUCGUCUGGUAUCAUUCGUUUGGAAAAGAAUCUGGAUCGUGAAACCAUACCAAUGUUCAAUUUAACAGUCAAAGCUGAGGAUCAUGGAGUGCCGAGAUUAUAUUCCACUGCCAAUUUGCUGAUCAACAUUUUAGAUAUCAAUGAUAAUCCGCCAGAGUUCAGUCUACGGCAAUAUCUAUGUCAAGUGCAUGAAAAUGCUACCAUCGGGGUAGAGGUUUGUACCGUCUAUGCCACCUCAAAGGAUAUUGGUGUGAAUGCGGACAUCCUCUACUAUAUUAUGGGUGGCAACGAGCAACGCAAAUUCUCUAUUGACUCCAAGACAGGUGCAUUAACGCUGAAUGAAUCGCUUGACUAUGAGAUGUCCAAAUAUUACUAUCUGACCAUACAGGCCAUUGAUCGUGGCACACCGCCGCUGAGUAAUAUAGCCCAUGUCAACAUAUCCGUUUUAGAUGUCAACGAUAAUAGUCCCAAAUUUGUGCAGGAUAUAUACCGGGUUAAUGUACUCGAGGAUAUAGCUUUGGGCAAACAAAUUGCAACUGUGAAGGCCAUUGAUGACGAUGCCGGUUUAAAUGCAAAGCUACACUAUAACAUUAAUGGAGGCGAUAAUUUCGGACAGUUUUCAAUUGACGAGAUUAAUGGAACAAUAUGCGUUGCCAGGCCACUGGAUCGUGAAACGAAAGCCAAAUAUAAUCUAGAGAUUCAAGCCUGUGACGGGGGCAUUCCGCAACGUUGUGGCAGUGUACAAAUCAUUAUUGUUGUCUUGGACACCAAUGAUAAUAAUCCAGUCUUCUCCAGUCCGAAUUACACGAUUGUUCUUCAAGAGAAUCGUCCACUGGGCUACGUUCUCAUCACUUUUGAUGUGUCGGAUGCAGAUGAACCACCCAACAGUACGCCCUACACAUUCGAUAUUCGAUCCGGUAACGAAGGAGGUCUGUUUCGACUCGAACAAGAUGGAUCCUUGAGUACGGCAUCGCGUUUCAAUCACAAAUUGCAAGAUGAAUUCUCCAUACAAAUUCGGGUAUUUGACAAUGGAACUCCGCCCCUAUAUUCCGAUACUUGGGUUCAGGUCAAAAUCAUUGAAGAGAGUCAAUAUCCGCCAAUUGUCACUCCAUUGGAGAUCACGGUUAAUUCACUUGAAGAUGAUUUCUCGGGUGCUUUCAUUGGAAAACUUCAUGCCUCAGAUCAGGAUAAAUACGAUGAGCUUACCUACAGUCUGGUAGUCACUAAAGCCGAAUACAUUACAUCAAAACUUUUCAAUAUUACGAAAACUACAGGAAAAAUCUAUGUCAUAUCCAAUCUAGACAUCGGUCAAUACAAGUUAAAUGUAUCUGUCUCGGAUGGCAAGUUCACGGUAUAUUCUACAGUGAAAGUGAAUGUGGAGCUUGUUACAAUAGAUAUGGUUAAAGAAUCGGCUGUCAUUAGAUUCCAUAAAGUGUCCGCCUCGCAGUUUCUAUUGAGUCACAGGAAAAGUUUCAUGCGUUCUAUACGGGAUAUUAUGCGUUGUCGGCAAAAGGAUGUCAUUUUAAUAACUUUGCAACCGGAAACUACUACGGCACAAUUUAGCCCAGAUCAUCGAAGGACAACACGCUCUGUGGAUAGCAAUUUAAAUGUGGUAUUUGCAGUACGCAAACAGCAAAUAAUACCGGAUUCCGAUGCCUUCUUUACCAGCGAUGAAAUACGUCAAACCCUGUUGAAUAAGGAAAUCGAAAUCGAGAAUGGCUCGAACUUGGCAAUUGAUGAGAUUCUGCCAACCUUUUGCCAGACUAAACAAAACACAUGUGUUCAUGGCAAAUGCAAACAGAUUAUUCGCCUACUCAAGAAUAAUAUUACAACUGUCUCAACGGAUGUGAUAAGUUUUGCAGCCCCAUCCUAUGUAAUGGCCAACAAAUGUAUUUGCAAAGCCGGCUACGAUGGCAAAAACUGCAAUGAAUCGAUCAAUGCUUGCUCCUUGGAGCCCUGUUCAGCUGAAAAGAAUUGUGUGCCAUCCGAAUCGGAGCUGGGCUAUCAAUGCGUUUGUCCGAAGGGAUAUUCGGGAGCAUUUUGUGAAAUCAAAUCAUCGAAAUGCAUAAAUGAGACUUGUGAUGAUAGUUCUCUGACCGCCGUUUCGUUUGGCGGCAAGAGCUAUGCCCAUUAUAAGAUAAAUAAGAUAAAGGCGAAGAACACAUUGGAAAACGAAUUCUCGUACUCGCUGCAAAUUCGAACUGUACAGCAAAGUGGCACAUUGUUAUAUGCCAGCGGCAAAGUGGAUUACAACAUAUUGGAAAUCAUCAAUGGAGCUGUUCAAUACAGAUUUGAUCUGGGCUCAGGCGAGGGUGUCAUAAGCGUAUCGAGCAUUUACAUUGCAGAUGGCGAAUGGCAUACCAUUAUGCUGGAGCGGACACUGAAUAGCGCCAAGAUCAUUGUGGAUAAUAAACACGUCUCGCAGGGAAGUGCUCCAGGGGUGAAUGGCAUACUGAAUAUUCAAUCGAAUGACAUCUUUGUUGGCGCCGAAGUGCGUCCGCAUCCGUCGAUAAUUGGCUAUGAGGACAUCCAACGCGGCUUCGUUGGUUGCAUGGCGAACAUCAAGAUUGCCAUGGAGUCGCUGCCAUUGUACAUCUCCGGCGGAAGCACCAUAGCGGCCCUGAAAAGAUUCACAAAUGUUGAAUUCAAAUGCGAUCCGGCGAAUGUACUGGUGCAUCUGGGCAUAUGCGGGGCACAGCCCUGCAUGAACAGCGGCAUUUGCAAGGAGCUGGGAAAAGAUAAAUUCAAAUGCAUUUGUCAUUCACGUUUCUCGGGCAGUAUGUGUGAAAUUGAUCUGGAUCCAUGCUCUUCGGCGCCAUGCCUCUUCGGGGGACGUUGCGACUAUCUGGAGCCAAAUAAUUAUACAUGCACUUGUCCGUUGCAUUUAUCCGGUAAGAGAUGUGAAUACGGCAAGUUUUGCACACCGAACCCAUGCAAAAAUGGGGGAAUCUGUGAGGAAGGCGAUGGCGUGUCGCACUGUUUGUGUCGCGGUUAUACAGGACCAAGCUGCGAAAUCGAUGUCAAUGAAUGCGAGAAUCAGCCCUGUGGUAAUGGAGCCACGUGUAUCAAUGAAGCUGGAAGCUUCCGAUGCAUAUGUCCUUCAUAUCUAACUGGUGCUAGUUGCGGUGAUCCACUCUAUUCAAAUUCCAUUUCAACAAAGCUGAAAAACUUUUCACUCGAACAUAUUAGCGGAAUUCUAUUAGGAUUAGCCAUUGUCGUGGUUAUCAUCAGUUUUGUAAUCUGCUGUGUCGUUUUGAAGAGAAACCCAUCGUCGAACACAAGAAAUGGAAUGGGAAAGGCAAAGAGUCAACAAUCCUAUAAGGAGGCCAAUUUGAACUCGCUAUUGGACAAGGACAAGUCGUGCAAAGUGAAUGCCAAAAUAAGUAAUUUGGAAGUGAAUCAGCGUCCAAUCAGCUAUACACCGGCUACAAAUGAUAACUUAUUUUUAAAUACCACCACUUUUGUAAAUAAUCUGGAUAUCCUGCGUAGCUACGGAUCGGCUGGUGAUGAGCUGGAGAACAUACCGUUUGAAUAUCAAAAAGUAAAUCGAACUAAUCAACAUGUGAAUAUAAAUGCUUGCAACUCAAUCGAUGGUGAUAAUGCCAGCUAUAAACAAGAGUGGACUGAACAGAUGCAUUUAAAAACAUUUGAAAAUAAACUAAACAAUGAUCUUAAAAAAGACUAUGGGUCUCAAAUGAGCCGCUUGUCGAAUGGAAAACUGAUUCAGGUUGCGAUGCCCAAUGUGUGCCAUUCGUCCUCAAGUUUUGCUGAUUAUUCUGCACUGACUAAUGGCCAAUACCAUUGGGACUGUUCCGACUGGGUUCGGAAGAGUCAUAAUCCGUUGCCGGAUAUAACCGAAGUUCCAGGAGCCGAGGUACCUGAUUCAUCAAGCUUCCACAGUAAUGACAGUAACGAGUCAAAGUCUAAAAGAACUUUCUUCGUUCACAGAGAAGUCGAUCCAACUAGAGAUAUAGCCGCUCUAAAUGAGGAUAUUGCAUCCGAAUAUAUGGACUCCGAGAUCGAAAGCUGCAUUCAACCAUUUAUGAUGCCGAACUCAAGUAAUCAAUCUGUAUCAAGACUGAGUUCUUUUAAUAAUAGCGAGAAUGAAGACUACAAAUCAAAUACAGGCAAAGUAUAUUUACGACAUCCCGACUCAUAUUUACCUGCAAUCCAUUUUCCAAGUGAAACAGAGGGUGAAAGCUCAAUGAACGAAGGUCCAAUUAUGAAAAAAGAUAUUGGAAAGCGAAGAAAGAGUGAAACAUCAGAGGAAGUGUAUCUUUUUCCACGUCCUAUCGGCGAGGUUGGCUCCAAUAGCAAUAUUUCUGUUCGACUCUGUGAAAUUGAAGAUUCAGAAUUAGAAGAGUUUUUACCGCAACAAUGAUAAAUUGAAUGACAUUAUGUAAAUACAAGUUUUACAAAACGUAUUUAAUGUCUUAAUAUUAAUUUUAUAAGAACUGAAGACUAGAAAUAUAUAUUUACAAUAAAAAUGUUUUUACCAUAAUUUAUAGAGUUCAAAGAGUCCUAAAAAGCUAUGCGAUAUCAUAAGCAGAAACAAAAACAAAACCAAACUUUGCGUCUUUGUAUGUAAAGUUGUUUUACCUGGUUUUUCUAGAUCUUUAAUCUAAGUACCUAUUUUUGUUAAGGUAUGCCAAUUAUACAUAUAUAUUAUGAAUAUACAACAUACACACAACAUUCCAUAUA